GGCGACAAGGGGCGCUGGCGGGGCACUCGAGCUGGGUACAGAGAGCCGCGGGGGGGGGUGGGAGGAACUUCUUCCAGAACCUUCCUUUGGCCCGGGCUGCGCUCUGAGCCAGGAACCACACUGGUCUUCCGAGGAGGCGACCCCCUGGUCGCGGGAUGGAAGCGCGCGUCCGGGAGGCCCUGUAACUGGAGCCGCGGGAGUCAGCGGGCCGGAGAGCGCGGCGGGCUAUCCCCGGCUCAGCCGUGGAUGUUGACCGCCCCCUCGGAGGGUCCCCGCAGACAUGGCGGAGAGCUGGCUACGCCUCUCGGGUGCAGGGGCGGCGGAGGAGGCGGGGCCGGAGGGCGGCCUGGAGGAGCCCGACGCCCUGGACGACAGCCUGACCAGCCUGCAGUGGCUGCAGGAAUUCUCCAUUCUCAACGCCAAGGCCCCCGCCCUGCCGCCGGGGGGCACCGACCCCCACGGCUAUCACCAGGUGCCAGGCUCGGUCGCGCCGGGGUCGCCCCUGGCGGCCGAUCCCGCCUGCCUGGGGCAGCCGCACACCCCGGGUAAGCCCACGUCGUCAUGCACGUCGCGGAGCGCUCCCCCGGGGCUGCAGGCCCCGCCCCCCGACGACGUGGACUACGCCACCAACCCGAGUGUGAAGCCGCCCUACUCUUACGCCACGCUCAUCUGCAUGGCCAUGCAGGCCAGCAAGGCCACCAAGAUCACCCUGUCGGCCAUCUACAAGUGGAUCACCGACAACUUCUGCUACUUCCGCCACGCUGAUCCCACCUGGCAGAAUUCCAUCCGCCACAACCUGUCCCUGAACAAGUGCUUCAUCAAAGUGCCUCGGGAGAAGGACGAGCCCGGCAAGGGGGGCUUCUGGCGCAUCGACCCCCAGUACGCCGAGCGGCUGCUGAGCGGGGCCUUCAAGAAGCGGCGGCUGCCCCCGGUCCACAUCCACCCGGCCUUCGCCCGCCAGGCCUCGCAGGAGCCCGGCGCCGCCCUGUGGGCCGGGCCGCUGACCGUGAACACCGAGGCCCAGCAGCUGCUGCGGGAGUUUGAGGAGGCCACCGGGGAGGCGGGCGAGGGCAGGCUGGGGCACAAGCGCAAGCAGCCGCUGCCCAAGCGGGUGGCCAAGGUCCCGCGGGCCCCCAGCACCCUGCUGCUGACCCAGGAGGAGCAGAGCGAGCUGGAGCCCCUCAAAGGCAACUUUGACUGGGAGGCCAUCUUCGAGGCCGGCGCUCUGGGCGGCGAGCUGGGCACCCUGGAGGCCCUGGAGCUGAGCCCGCCGCUCAGCCCCGCCUCGCACGGGGACGUGGACCUCACCGUCCACGGCCGCCACAUCGACUGCCCUGCGACCUGGGGGCCUCCGGUGGAGCAGGCGGCCGACAGCCUGGAUUUCGACGAGACUUUCCUGGCCACGUCCUUCCUGCAGCACCCCUGGGACGAGAGCGGCAGUGGCUGCCUGCCCCCGGAGCCCCUCUUCGAGGCCGGGGACGCCACCCUGGCCGCCGACCUGCAAGACUGGGCCAGCGUGGGCGCCUUCUUGUAAGAGGCCAGGCCUCGCCCCCGGCUCCGGACAGUGCCCGCGUCAGGGCCCAGAAUGCACCCCCCCACACCCGGCACAGGCCCACAGACACCCUACCGCCCCGGGCAGGGGCUGGGCCAGGUCUCCCGAGGCUGGCCCCACGAGGCCCUGCGGCCCCCAGCCCGGGCUGCCUUCAGAUUCCAGCCCAGGAGGCUGAGAGCCGAGGCCCAGGACCAGAACUGCUGCCUCCCCGGCCCCCCCGGCCGCACACACAGUGUUUCAUUGAUCCUCCUCUGUCCUGCCCCAGGGACGGGCUCCGGCCCCGCACAGUGGGGGCUGCACGUGGAGGGGCGCUGGCCCGAGCUGGGGAGCGACAGUACAGGGCCCGCCCCUGGGUGCCUCAGCUACGACACCUCUCCCUCCUCUCCCGCUGUCCUCCCCAGGUCUCCAUCCAGAGAAAGAUCCCAGGUACAACAAAUGCUAAUUAGGUGACAGCAAAUUAACCCCCUGGAGGCCCCUCCGGGCAAAGCCUUCCCCCUGGGCCUGGGGAAGGAGGGGGGAGGGGACAGAAGGCAGAGACAGAAUGAGGUCGGGGAGCCUGGUGGGCGAGGAGGUUUUCUAAGGCCUCUGGGGUCUUUGCCUGGCCCCAUCCCUAGAGGUGGGGGCAAAGAGUGUAAAUCCCUAAUCUUUGAGGCAGAGAGC